AUGAGAACAACGCUACAUUCACUAUUCAUCAUCCUACUCGUCAUACAACUUUUCACACAAAAUUCAUCAUUUGCAUUAGAAUUAGACAUACCUAUCACAGAUACGAGUGAUUUGAAUGAGAGGGUAAUUCAAUCAUCGACCUACCGAGACAAUACGAUAUUAUUAAGGUUAGCAAAAGACGUCAAUUAUAAUCCAAGUACUGGAUUAAUUUGUUCGGCAAAUGAAAUCAACUUGAAAUUGAUUCACCGAAAUGGGACGAUCAGAAAUCUGAACAUCAGCGUUCAAAAUGAGAUGUUGAUGCUUGCAGAGAACUUUUGCAUACCAUUGUCAAUCAUAACCACACCAACGCAUUCGAGCCCAUUCAUCACUCCACCUCCGUUCAAUGUCAUUGGAAACGAAGGAAGUACCAUAACUUUACCAAUAUCAUCGUUAAUUAGCGAAGGUGGUAUAAUAUUGGAUGGGAUAAGGAUAUAUGCAUUACAACAAAAUUUUAUUUUAUUAACAUACUUUUGUAGAUUAGAGAUAGUAGAAGGGGCAAUCAUAUCGGAAAUAUGCGGAUCGUUAAUUAAUUGGAACAAGGAAGUUAAAUAUGUGAUCAAUUUUGGGCAAAAUUGUUCGGAUAGCGAUAUCGUGGUACGAGACGAAGGGGAGGAAUUUUUAAGAGCGUGUUAUCUGUCGGAUCGAAAGCAAGUGAUUUGGACGAGAUAUACGAUUAAUAGUAAUGAGGAAACGAUAGUCGUUCAAGAUUCUGGCACGAUAAUAAAUGUGAAUCAAUUUUCACCAAACUUGACAGAAAUCUUCCCAACCGAAAAUGGUGGUUACGGCAUCGUAACAGCCCAAUACACGGGAGAGGUCAACUCGCUCUUCUUACCUCCCUGGACACUUUUCCUACAGUUCAUCUCACCUUCCAGAUCAAAUGGCGUCGUUCGUCACGCUAGUUCCAUAAGUAGUGCCUUUCAAUUGUAUAAACAAACGACCGAAAGUCUUACAUCUUUAGAUAUUCAUAAAUGUGGUAUCGCAUAUCAGGGAUAUGGGUACAAUUGUAUAAUAUACAUGGCUAGAGCGACCGGAUUGGCCGGUGGUGUAUUUGUUAAUAUUGAUUUUUUAGAUUCCGGUGGGGUUUUAAAUACUACCGAAUUUAGAAUUACUCCCGUAGGGAUUUUCCCUAAUGUUAUCAAAAUCGAAUCAUUUUAUUAUGGCGGAUAUUUAAUAUUAAUUCAAAAUGUUAACGUGGAAGGGUUAAUUUAUAGUAAUAACGGUACUGAAAUGAGUGAUGGCUGGCACAUGCCAGCGUCGAUCGUUACCGGUGAUGGUGGCGUGAUCCCAUUGAAUUAUACCAGUAACGUUGGCGUGCUCUCCAAUAAUACCUUUUGGUGUGUCGCAAACAGUGAUGAUGGCGUGAAAUUAAUUACAAAUGAUCUAUUAACCAACCUUUCAACCAUAUCUGAUCCUAAUAUGUUAGCUUAUGGCAAUCCCUUUAUUGAAUCAACCUCUCCUAAGAUUAAUGAUGUGAUUCCAAGGGAUAUCACUAGCAUAUCAAUUACCUUUACUAAUUUGAUUGAAUUAUCAACCGGUAAUGUAAGCAUAUGGCAAACCUCAAAUAACAAUGAUAGUAGUCUGGAUGUCCUAAGACAGUCUUUCUCCGCUACUCAAUCUCAAUUUGUUCGACUGGAGGACAGGAGGACGGUUAAUAUAAUGAUAUUUAACUCCACCUUUAAUACUCCUGGUGUGAGUUACUAUGUUAAAGUUGAUAAUGGUUUUGUGGAAGAUUUACGUGUUGGUCAAAAUUUACCCGGUAUUAGAGAACAUCGUUGGAUGUUUAAAACUGGAAUAGAUGAACGAGAGUUAAUUUCAGCGGAUUCUCUAGGAUCGGUGAAAGCAAUCGUACGAUUAACGCCGGGAGGAACGAAAUUUUACGAAUCUUUGUCGUCACCAGAAAGGGACGAAUUUUCGAAACAAAUGUCUGCUCAAUUAUCAAAGAUGAUACCAUGCGAUCCACCGCGAUUGGUUACAUUAGAAAACUCUCAAUAUGACCCAGCCACGCAAUUUGAUCAAUUGCUGCUUCGCGUUGAUGUUAGACCACAGAAUAACGGUGGUUUGCAAGGGGUGGACAAUAGUCUGAGUAGUUUAAGGAUCAUAAAUGAUUUAAACGUUUUAAUUAUAAAUAAAGAUUACACCGAUAUUAGUAGAGGGAAUUUCUCUAGCAUGUUAGACAAUCGAUACGGAAGUAAAGUAAUUCCCGAUUUAUGGUUAAGGUAUCGAUGGAUCUUGAUAGGAUUUUCUGGUGCUUUAAUACUACUGUUACUAUUAUUCUGGUUUGCAAGACGAAAAUACCAACACGGACGAAAUUACGUGAUAUUUUUGUUUACGAUAAUAGCCGUUGAUUUAGGAUUAGAUAUUUCAUUUAUAAUAAUGCACGGAAAUGAUUUGAAAUGGUUAUAUCCCGUAAGCGUUGUAUUUUUGGUAUUUCCAAUAUUGAUAAAUGUAUUGUCUACAUUUAUGAUAAUAACAAGAGAAACAGGAAAAGAGAAAGACUUUUUAAACUGGUGGAGAGAUAAUUCAAAAACUGCAUUAGUUUUUACCUUAUUUUCCGGUAUUGAUGUUGAGGCAUUAAACAUUAUUAAUUCUGAAUGUGGUGGCAUCAAUGAAUUAAGUGCUCCUUUGGCAGAUAUAACCAUUGAAAGAAUUUUAAUUGUUAAUGGGGUGGUUUUAUUCCUUGAAGAUAUUCCUCAAUUAGUAAUAUAUAUUUUUUAUCAAAGCACGACAGUGAUACCAGCGAUAAUACCAAUAUUGGUAUUAUCAUCAUGUUGCGUGGUAUUAACACUCAAGUCAAUAGGACUAAUGUAUUUUUGUAUAAUAUAUCACAAAGCUCCACCAUCAUCAUUUAAAGUUGAUGAGAAAGGGAAGAAAAAAGCAACGGACUUUUAUUCAUCAGGACCAUAUCGGACAGAAUCAUCAAUUGAUACAUCAGAAUUACCGCCGAAACAAUUAUUUGCAAAUAACAAAGGAGGAGGAGAUACGACACCAGAGAGCAUACACAUUCUUACAACCGAUAACGGUGAAACUAAGGUUUUCAUGAGACAUCCAGACGAGUUCAAAAAUUUGGAUAUAAAAAUGCCUACUAGUAUAAAAAGGGUUAAAGAAAGUACCGUAGAGGAUGGUUCAAGCAUAGAACCUGGUCAAGAAGGAGGGAUAUCUGAUAUUGGUAUCAUUGAAUCUACCGAGGGACCUGUAAUAGGUAGUAGUUCUAAGCAUGUUCAGGGAGAAACUAUUGGCGAUAAAGAAUAUAAAGAUAUUCAACCAACCGAAGCCGAAAUAUCGGAAGAAUUUGAACCUGUGAAAGUAGUUCCUACUUAUCGAUCAAAAUUGAUUGAACAAUUUGAUAUAGAUCCUGAAGAUAUUAAAUCUGGUAAAAUAUCUAUAUCUACAAUGAUUCCUGUUCAAAAACAAAUACGAGAGGAACCGCAAGAACCACAGCCUUCAACUUCAAGGAGGAUUGUUAGUAGUAUUAGUAGAGCUUUGGGUGGUAGUAAAAAAGGAAAGGGUGGUCAGGAUAGUAAAAAAGGUAAAUCUAAAGAUGAUGAUAAGGAUCAAAAAAAGGAUGAUAAUAAUUAA